AUGACGGAAACUAUACAUACCUUUAACGCUUGGCGCACCAUGUCGCAGUCAGAGAUCUCGAAGUAUCUCCAGCAGACGCACGACCGUGUCUUUGAACACAACCGUGCUUGGGCGGAGGAGCAGAAAAAACGGGAUCCCGACUUCUUCGCCAAGCUAUCCGCCGGACAGACCCCCGAAUAUCUAUGGAUCGGAUGCAGCGACUCGCGCAUUCCCGCUGAACAGAUCACGGGCUUGGGACCAGGCGAGGCCUUCAUCCAUCGCAACAUCGCUAACCUGGUCGUCAAUACCGAUCUCAAUGUUAUGAGUGUCAUCAACUACGCGGUCCGACAUCUGCAAGUCAAGCACAUCGUUGUAUGUGGGCAUUACGGCUGCGGCGGUGUGAAGGCCGCCAUGACGCCUAAGGACUUGGGGCUGCUUAACCCGUGGCUGAGGAACAUCCGAGAUGUGUAUCGCCUACACGAAGCAGAGUUGGAUGCGAUCAAGGACGAGAAUGAGCGUUAUAACCGUCUGGUAGAGGUUAGCGUUAUCGAGCAGUGCCGGAAUGUCAUUAAGACUGCGGCGGUACAGCAGUCCUACGCUAAAAACAAGUUCCCCAUAGUCCACGGAUGGGUGUUUGGAUUCGAAGACGGUUUGCUCAAGGACUUGAAGGUAGACCACGAAGCCAUGUUGCACAGCAUUCAAAAGAUUUACAACCUCACGGAAUAA